AUGGCCAAGGCUAAGGUAGAGGCGCUCCGCAGGAUGUUGCAGGAAGCUCGACUGCCGGAGGAGUUCGCCAACCACUGCAUCACCACCCUCAAGAUGGAGUCGAUCGAGGACUACGUCAACAUAGUGACCGUCAAAGACUAUGAGACAGAGUUGAAGGUCGUGCUCACGGACCAGUGUGCGGCCACGAAGGACUCUGCGCUCAUGUUGGCACGGGCCAGAUCGGCCUGGAGGGCUGGCCGCACCAUUGUGCUCCGCAAUGAACACAAGCGCCAACAAGGUGAGCCUGUCGAGGAUAUGGACUGCGCACUUGAACAGUCCACCCAAGAAAGCCUCAUGGCGCAAUUCGAGGCGACCUACCAGAUCUCCUUGGAUAUCCACUGGAUGCCCGCUGACACGCUUCUGGGCAGGGUCUUCCGUGAAUGUCAGCGUUUGAUGCCAACCGUGAUUCCUGCUACCAAAAUCCGCUCCCUCUACUGGGCCGCAAAGCCCCGCAACGAGAAGGCGGUGGUGUUGUCCGACCAGGUCAAGCUUCAACUUGAUAAGGACGAGCAGAUGCCAGUGAAAUCCGUGCUGGAGUACUAUCGCUGUCUCAGGAUUUUGGGGCACGCCUACGCCAUCGUUGGGCAGCACAAAAGCACGGACGUCGUCUUCGCGCCGCUCUCCAUCAACCUGAAGUACCCAGACACAGUCCUCCGCAUCGCCAGUUCAUCCAGCUUGGGGCCGUCUGACCUCCUCAACUUUGUCCGGCAGAAAGACGAGAGCACCCGUGCUCGCCUCGUGGAGCUGGUGCGGCAGGGCUACCCGCAGGGCGAGGCCCUUAACAAGGCAUGGGCCGAGUUCGAGCUUCAUUGGAUCACGGCUCCAUCCAAGCGCCCCGCAGAGGAGGCCAACGCAACAUCACCAGAGAAACGCCCGCGCACUGGGCGAGAAGUCAAUGGCAUGGAGCUGUGCAAGAAGUGGAAUGACAACAGGGGAUGUGAUGGAACUUGUGGCAAGCUGGACGCUUGCGAUGUCAUGCUGUCCGAUGGCCGCAUCUGUGCCAGCAAGAAGCACAACCGCAUGACAUGCCCACACCGG